AUGGAUGAAGUCAUGAGUAUAUGUAACAAGUUUACCCAGUCAUUUACGCAAAUUCGAUUAUACAGGAGUGUGUAUGGUGCAAUUGGUGCACCUGUCCCAAAACGACACGCGUUAAAAUAUAAAACGCGGUUACGCGGGUUUCUGGAGAAGGAAAAGAACAAACAAAUUUUGAAUAAUGCGUUGGAUCAAUCGAAAGAAAAUGAUGUUGAUGAUGAUCCAGAAUCUUAUGUGGUUGUUGGUCAAGAUUUUGAAGAACCAGUUUCACUUGAGGGUAGUGUAGUUAAGGAUGAUGAUGAAGCGUAUGAGUUAUACAAUAGUCAUGCUUUUAGGAAUGGUUUUGGUACUAGGAAGGGUAAAAAGGAGUAUAGGAAUGGUACCAAAAUAGUUCGGCAGAGGAGAACUGGAUGCAAGGCAUCAGUUCAGUUUGAUGUUGAUAAGAAAACUGGAGUGUAUGUUCUUUCUAAACACUCUCGUGUUCAUAACCAUUCAAUGGUUCCUGCCAAUAAGAGAUAUCUUAUUAGGUCACAUAGGAACAUAUCAAAAGAACAGUUGGCCUUCCUUACUACGUUUAGUUGUAGUGGUACUAAGCUUGCUGAUGUUCUUCGAGCAAUGAGGAAAGAAGUAGGUGGUGAAGCUAAUUUAGGAUUUACUAUUCCCGAUGCAUAUGAUGCUGUCAAUGCGGAGAAAAAGAAUAAGUUGGAUGGUUGUGAUUCAAAUCAAUUGAUUAGGUGGUUUGCAAUGAGACAAGCUAAUGAACACGACUUUUAUUAUGAUUUUCAACUUAAUGAAUUUAAUCAAUUGACCAACUUUUUUUGGAGAGAUGGGAGAAUGCGGUCUGAUUAUGAAGCAUUUGGGGAUUUAUUGAUUCAUGAUACAACAUAUCGUACUAAUAAAUACGAUAUGAUAUGUGGUCCUUUUGUUGGAAUGAAUCUCCACACUCAAAAUAUCAUGUUUGGAGUUGGGUUUCUUUUGAAUGAGAAGUCAGGUUCUUUUGAGUGGCUUUUUAAUUCUUUUUUGAUAUCUAUGGGUGGGAAGCAACCGGUUACUAUCAUGACGGAUCAGAGUUCUGCCAUGGACAAGGCUAUAAGUCUUAUGACUGAUUACAAUUGCAAGACACACAAAUGGAUAGAGAGGUUAUAUGAUUUGAAAGAGAAAUGGUGUCCUGCAUAUAACAAAGAGUGGUUUUCUGGGGGUAUUUUAUCUUCUCAAAUGAGUGAGACGACAAAUCAUUCUAUUUCUAGGAGGUUGCAUAAAACGAAUGGUUUAUGUGAUUUUUAUAAGUGUUUUUUAGAUGUAAUUGAUGAAUGGAGAAGUAAGGAGAACAUGGGAGAUUAUAAUUCUUCUACUGGAAAUAGAUAUUACGCAUGUGCGGAUAACAUGUUAUGUUUGCAUGCGCGGGAUGUGUAUACCAUUGCAAUAUAUUUGAUAUUUGAGAAACGAUUCAUCAAAGAAAUUGGUUUGAGGUGUCAACGCAUUUCCUAUGAGUUUCCAGUUUCUAAGUACAUUGUUGGGCAUCCUACAAAGGAUUUUAUUAGACAUGUUGUGAAGUUUAAUGAGCAAGAGAUGGUUGUUGAUUGUACUUGCAAGUCAUAUGGAGAGAUAGGAGUUCUUUGUUCUCAUAUUCUUCGAGUUUUCAUUGUCCAUAAUGUUGAAGAGAUUCCCAAACAAUACAUUAUGAAGAGAUGGACCAAAGAGGCUAUGAACACGAUUGUUGAAGAAGGAGAAGAUAGAGAUAAUGAAGUAAGUGUUGUUUCUGCUUCAGUUUGGAGGAUGCAAAGCAUAAGAAAUUGCAUUAAAGUUAUAAAUGAAGCUCAACAUUGUCCGGCUGCAAGGAAGCUUAUUGAUUUGGGUGUGUUGGAUAUGUCAUGCAAAGUAAAGGAGUAUAUUGGUGGUGUUGAAGGGGAUGGUAAUGUAUCAAACAAGUAUGUGCGAGAUGAAACUCUACUCGAUGUCGUUGAGCCUUCAACAGACACAGUUUUGCCGGAUGUUGUGGAACCGAUUGCUGAAAAAGUCAUUCCAACAAUGAUUCAAAAUCCACCAAAGCGAAAGAGGAAGAUUAAGAACGGGACUGAAAAGGCUAAUGAGAGGAAUGUGAGACCUAAAGGAAUUGUUGAGAAGAAACGCAAUAAACUGAAAGGUUGGAACAAGAGAAGAGAAAGACGUGUUGAUAAUUUGAGGGAGGAAACUCAGUCUACUGAUCAGUGUAUCAUAAAUUUACCUGUUGGUGGGGUUUUGGUUCAUCCAACAUCUUCAAAUUCACAAUUGGAAGCAUAUGUUCCAGAUGAUUAUUUUGGAGUACACAUACAUCCUUUGUAG